UCAUGGGUAAUGUAUUAGCGGCUUCGUCAAAACCCAUCGGGGGUCCCAGUGGUCUGCCACCACCUAUGCCAACAGAAGUGCUUUCUUCAGCCGGCCCUUCGGAAAACCCAUCCAGUGAAGCAAAGCAAUUAGACAAUCCCGGAACGAUGGAAGAACUGCACAGAAAAUGCAAAGAUGUUAUGCCAGUGAACUUCGAAGGAGCAAAACUAAUGAUAAACAAAGGCUUGAGUAACCAUUUUCAAGUAUCACAUACGAUUAACCUUAAUUCGUCAAAUACCAGUGGUUACCGAUUCGGAGCGAUGUAUGUGGGAACAAAACAACUUUCUCCAACAGAAGCAUUUCCGGUUGUGCUUGGUGACAUUGAUCCUGCGGGAAAUCUGAAUGCGAACAUCAUUCAUCAAUUGACUCCAAAAGUUAGAUGCAAAUUCGCUUCACAGAUCCAAAACAGCAAAGUAUCGGCCUCACAAAUUACCACAGAUUAUAAAGGUCCUAAUUACACAACAUCACUUACUGUUGGCAAUCCAAAUAUUAUCAACAAUUCUGGGGUUAUUGUGGCUCAGUAUCUUCAAGCCAUAACGGAUCGGCUAGCGAUGGGUGGAGAGUUUGCUUACCAAUAUGGACCUGCAGUUCCUGGGGGACAAAUUGCGUUAAUGUCUGCUGCUGCAAGGUACGCGACUGAUGUCUACACAUGGUCCGGCACUGUUGGUGCGGCAGGCGUUCAUCUAUGCUAUUACCAGCGCGCCAGCGAUCAGUUACAGAUCGGCGCAGAGGUCGAAACCAGCUUCCGUAUGCAGGAAUCCGUCGCCACGAUUGGGUAUCAAGUUGACCUUCCUAAAUCAGAUCUAGUGUUUCGCGGAAUGGUGGACAGCAAUUGGACGGUUGGUGCGGUGCUGGAAAAAAAACUUCCUCCUCUACCCUUCACCUUUGCUCUAAGUGGCAUGUUAAAUCACACUAAAAAUCAAUUUAGGCUCGGAUGCGGAUUGAUCGUCGGUUAAAGUACGAAUUCAAAUGAUCAAGUUUCUAGUCGACAUGGACUAGUAACUUGGAAAAUAAGAUCGAUUCAAACCAUCCUUUCACCAUGCAAAUUAAAAAUCAGCAAUCUAGAUUGUUCUUCAUACACCGAGUUGAUAACACAUCUUGAAUGAAUAAUGCUUUUAUGCUUCAUCAUGAGGCGCUCAGGUCAGGCAAGCUAGGGAAUGUGUGAGAUGCAUAGUAAUACGAAUACCAGUUAAAUCGAUAGUAAUAAAAGUAAACAUCAUAAAAUCAAGUACAUGAUAAAUGGUACAAUUACAUUAUUAUAUAAUUAUGUCAGAAUUCUAUUUCGUGUGUUCAGCGAUUGUAAUUAAAUGAAUGAGAAUUCAGUAACUCCAACGCGCAUGUCUAGCUAUUCAAGAAACUCCCGUACCUAGUGGCUUUCUGCCUCAAAAAGUGUUAAUCCAUGAGACGCCUUUUUACAGGAUAAACGAUACGAGUAAUUACAAAAAAGGGUCAAUA